AAUACCGAGUAGAUAAGAGUAGAUAAGGGUCUUCAAAAAACCAACAACCCACAAUUAGAGACUUAAAAAUCAGACCUUUCAUCUUCUCUUCAACUUUCUUUUCUUAGCUUCUUGCUAUUGUCUUUUUUUAUUAAUAUAAAAAUUUUUCGUUCCAAAUAAUAAAAAAUGGCGUCUCAGAUAUUUUCACCACCGAGCACAGAUGACUAUAAUGCCUUUAACAAUACGCCUCCCAGCUUUAACAAUACGCCUCCUGAGUUUAAUGUACCUCCUGAGUUUGAUGCUACUCCUCCUAGCAGCUUCAACAAUACGCCUCCUGAUGAUUCGUUUUCUACCGGUAUUCACAACAUAACACGCACUGCUUCGUCUAGCGAUGAUUUGUCGAAUAUUACGUUGAUUUGUGCAACUGUUGUUGUUUCAAUAGCCAUUAUAGCUGUAGCCAUUUGGUGCUUCAUCAAGAAACGGCGCACAACUAUUCCAGCAACGACCGCAAAUGUACCCCUCCAAGAGGUUACGCUAAUUGCGGAUCAACAAAGUAAUGUGACAUCGCCAUUAUUUCAACAAGUACAGAUCCAAGAAGAGACCAUGGAAAUAUUUCUGGACGACCUGCAGAGAGCAAAGCCAGUUAGGUUCUCAUGUCAAGAUAUCAAUGUAUUCACCAACAAUCUUUCCUCUUUCUUGGGUUCUGGUGGCUAUGGGGAUGUAUACAAAGGGACGAUUCGAAAAUAUGGAGUUACGAUAGCAGUUAAAGUUCUUAAAGAUAAGAAAGCGAUCAAACAACAGUUCAAGGCUGAGGUUGGAAUAUUGGGGAAAACACAUCAUGCUAAUUUGGUACGCUUAUAUGGAUAUUGUUUUGAUCCGACGAUGAUAGCACUUGUUUACGAGUAUAUGGAAAGGGGAUCCCUUGAUAAGCUAAUCUUUGAUAAGGAAGAGCUGAUUACGUGGGAGGAUCGUAGGCGAAUCACGAUUGGGAUAGCUAAAGGGUUAGCAUACCUGCAUGAGGACUGCCAACAGAGAAUAGUUCACUAUGACAUAAAGCCUGGGAAUGUAUUACUAGAUUCAAAGCUGAAUCCCAAGGUUGCAGAUUUUGGAUUAGCAAAGUUAUGCAACACAGCAAGCAUGGAAGAUUGUAGCCACCCCCGUGGGACCACCUCAUAUACUGCACCCGAGUUUCAUAAGCCGUUUAUGCGAGUGACAUACAAGUGUGAUGUUUAUAGUUUUGGGAUGGUGCUAUUUGAGAUUAUUAUGAGGAGGAGAAACUGCAACCUUGAUGAGAGUGACGAAGAUAAAGGAUGGCUUCCUAGAUGGGCCUGGAAUUUAUACCGAGACCAUAAAUUGUCAGACAUGUUUUUGGAAUCCGGUAUUGAAAAGGAAAACUAUCAAGAAGCCGAGAACAUGUUGAUGGUGGCUUUCUUGUGUGUGCAGGAUGAACCAGAUGAAAGACCAAGUAUGAGUAAUGUGGUAAAGAUGUUGGAAGGAGAAAAGGAGAUCAAUUCACCUUUAUGUCCCUUUACAGAUGCUAAAUCAUCUGUUGGAACUAAUAAUCUGGCCAUCAAAAUUAAAGAAGAAAAUUCCAAUGCAACAUCAACUAGAAGAGCACCUGAGAUACAGUCACGGCCGUCCCGGAGAAUCUCUAAGAAGUUUUAGGCUCCAUGCGAGUAGGAAAAUUGGGCCCAUAAAUAUAAACUUAUGUGUAUAUAAAAUCAGUAUUAUGACGAUGGUUGUAUUCACAAUAAACAAUUAAAAAAUAUUGUAGCAAAAUGAUCUAUGUUAAAUAGUUAGACGAAUCAUGAGUUCUCCAUUUGUAUUC